AACCCAACCCCAUCUCGGAUCUUCCAAUGGCCACAAUGAAACCAUAAAGCCAUUGAUAGGAAAUCCGAUCUCCUCGUUUGCACCAACCACCAAAGCAAAGAGAAAAUAGGGGUACAGUAAGAAUCAGAAGAAGAGAAAGGGAAAGGAAGAUGAAGAGGUGGUUUGAUCCAUGGCCGGUUUUCUUCAAGAGAGAGUUCAACCGGACCUGGCCCUUCCUUGUUGGUUUCGCUGUAACUGGAACCAUCAUCACCAAGUUCUCCCUGGGUCUCACUGAGGAAGAUGCCAAGAACUCGCCUUUCGCUCAGAAGCACAAGAGGUAA